CGUGGUGGCAGAGCCAGAACACAAAAGGCUGCCCUAUCUCUCUGGUGUGACUAAGAGCAUGUCUAUACUGCACUGCGCGUACUGAGACUUGAGAGAGAUAUGUACUGUGCAUGGAGGAAGAUCAAUCAAUGUGCUGUGUCUAGGCCUACACAGUGGACUAGAUGGAGACGUCUGGCAAGUGAUGCUCCGACCAAUCAGAGCCUGCCCUCGAGGGCACAGGUGGUUGUCUGCGGUGGAGGAAUUGCGGGUGCUUCACUAGCCUACCAUCUUCCAAAAGUGGGAAUCACGGAUGUCAUACUACUCGAGCAGGGAAGAUUGAGCUGUGGUACUAGCUGGCACUCUGCCGGGUUGCUAGGCGUCAGCAGGGGCUCGCGAACUCACACCAAGAUCUGUCAGAUCUCAAACGAGCUCUAUAUGAACCUGGAAAAGGAGACAGGAUUGUCUACUGGUUGUAGAGCUACAGGCAACCUCAACCUUGCCAGAACUAAAGACAAGCUUACUGAGUUCAGAAGAAAUGUAGCUGUGGCCAGGAGUUGCGGUGUUAUAGAGGCUGAGAUAAUCUCACCCGAGCAGGCAUCAGAACUCUGCCCUAUUCUGAAGACAGACGAUCUCGCGGGAGCACUAUACAUUCCAGGGGACCCCUCGAUGGGCAACCCUAGUGAUCUCAUUCAGUCACUGGCCAAGGGGGCCACAAUGCAGGGGGUACGGGUUGUGGAGGGUGUGGGCGUGGAACGUGUGGAGGUGGAGAGUGGGCGUGUGAGAGGUGUGCAUACCGAUCAGGGAUACAUCGAGUGUGAAACAUUCGUCAAUUGUGCUGGACAGUGGGCAAGAGACCUAGGGGCACUGUCUGACACCCCCGUGAACAUACCCCUUCACUCCACUAUGCAUUACUACAUUAUCACCAAACCUCUCGAAGGGGUUGAUUUCAACAUGCCCACGGUCAGAGACAAAGAGGGGACCAUGUACAUACGAGAGUGGAGUGGCGGGCUACUGGUGGGCUGCUUUGAGACCAACGGCACUCCCAUCUUCACCGAGGGAAUUCCCAAACCAUUCGAGUUCCAACUAUUGCCCGAGGAUUGGGAGCAUAUUCAGCCACUAAUGGACCAGGUACUCAACCGUAUCCCGCUAAUGGAGAAGGCUGAAAUCCGUCAACAGAUAAACGGUCCUGAGAGUUUCACACCUGACAUGCAUGCAAUCAUGGGGGAAGCCCCUGAGGUUGACAACUACUAUGUGUUGGCAGGUCUCAACUCCACUGGUGUAGCUAGUUCUGGAGGAUAUGGCCACGUACUGUCACAGUGGAUUGCUACCGGAGAACCUCCGAUGGAUUUAUGGGAAUAUGACAUCGCUCGUUUCAGUCCAUUCACCUCAAACAAACAAUACCUCAAACACCGCUCUAAGGAGGUACUGGGUCGUCACUACGCGAUCUCAUACCCUGGCUGGGAGCUGGAAAGUGGGCGUGGCAUCAAGAUGAACCCUAUGUACUCUAUGCAGGAGGGGAUGGGCGCCAGUUGGGGAUGCAUGGACGGAUGGGAGAGGGCCAAUUGGUACGGCAAAGGGAAAUCAGCUGAUGAGCGCGUGAACAACAAAACAUUCGGGCGGCCAAACUGGUUUGACGACGUGAAGGAGGAGCAUCUUGCGUGCAGAAACAGUGUGGCUUUGUUUGAUAUGAGCACCUUCGCUAAGUUUGAGAUUGAGGGCCCAGAUGCUGAAUCGGCUAUGCAGCAGCUGUGCUCCAACAAUGUUGCCGUGCCCCCAGGCACUGUGGUCUACACUGGACUACUCAACACUCAAGGAGGCUAUCAGACCGACUGUACCGUAUCUAGAUUAUCCGCUGAUAAGUACCUCCUCAUCGCUCCGUCUGCACAAGUCACCCACGUGGCUAAGUGGGUGAAGAAACACUUACCUUCCACUGUAAGACUGACGGACAUUACAGCAAAGUAUUCUGUGCUGGCACUGAUGGGUCCCAAAUCAAGGGAGAUGCUUGAGCAAGUCACGAGGGUUCCACUCGACAAUCAGCACUUCCCUUUCUCUACUGUUCAGACAAUUGAUGUCGGGCUGGUUGCUGACGUGCGAGCACUGAGAAUGACUUUCAUGGGAGAGCUGGGAUGGGAGCUCAACAUUCCCACUGAGUGCUCCCAGUCUGUGUUGGAGACCCUCCUCUCAGUUGGACGAGACUACAGCCUGAAAAUGGGUGGGGCUUAUGCAGUGGACAGCCUCCGUAUAGAGAAGGGGUAUCGCCAUUGGAGCCAUGAGAUGGACACUGAAACGUCACCUUGGGAGGCUCGACUUGGCUUCACUGUCGACCUUAACAAGGGUGAUUUCAUCGGUCGCCAAGCACUAUUGGAACAGAGGGAAAGAGGAGUAAGAAAAUCUCUAGUUUCUUUCACCGUCGAUAUACCAGCUGAUCGAGACGUACUUCCCUGGGGCAGUGAGUUGAUUUAUCGAAAUGGAGAAUACGUUGGUUACGCUACAUCAGCUUCAUACGGAUACUCUAUCGGCAGCCCGGUUGUCAUGGGGUUUGUGGAGGCACCAAAGGGGGUGAAGAAGAUCACGACAGAGUACAUCAAGAGCGGGCAUUACACGGUGGAAAUUGAUGGACAAAGAUACCCCGCUAAAAUUAGCCUGCAGCCACUCUAUGAUCCAAAAUCUGCACGUGUGCAAAUGUAAACUAAGCUAGUACUUGUCAGAUAAUUUAAAAUUAAAUUAUUAUAGGUAAGAAAAUUUUGUUUUUGUACAUGUGUGUGUUGAGAUUGCAUUGACUACUUUUUCUAACUUUGUCAUUGACUACCGUAUUACUAGAAUGUUUUGCGAGCAUCAUUAUUUUGAUCAAUUCA